AUUGAAGGGACACGGGCAGCCAUUAGCAUUGGCGCCCUUCCCACUUACCUUACUGUUAGCCGCAGCCAGCUCUAAUUUAUAAUCGCUUAAAGCUAGCUCCUCCCAUAAUGGCUCAGACCUCGCUGCAUUAUAAAGGUCCUUUAAAAGGCGGAUCGUACACAGCGCGUGCUCCUGUAAAGGCACCGCGUGUCAAUGUCGUGCCGGACGCAUCGUCUGCUGCGCUCGGAACCCUUAGCACCGCGCCCAGCUCCAGUUCCAGCGGCUGGUCUACUUCGACCACGUCACGGCGGGUCACCGUCUGUGCUGGCGUCAACCGCCGGCUGGUCCAGCGGCUGCGCGAGCAGCAGCGAUUGGAGCCAUUGACGAGCAGCCGUCGCUUUGCCCUCCACGCUGUGGCCGCACCGGAGCGAGCCCCGGCACCAGCUGUGAUGAAGACUGUGGAGGUGGACCUGGGUGAUCGCUCGUAUCCAAUUUACAUCGGCGCUGGGCUGUUGCAGCAUGGCGAGCUGCUGCGAAAGCACAUCCCCGGCAAGCGUGUGCUGAUUGUUACCAACGAAACCAUCGCGCCGCUAUACCUUGAACGGGUUCGUGCCGCGCUGCUGGAGGGCGGUCAGCUGCAGGUGGACGAGGUGGUGCUGCCGGACGGGGAGGAGUACAAGAACAUGGAGGUGCUGGGGCAGGUGUGGGACAAGGCUCUGCAGUGCCGCAUGGACCGCGGCACCACCUUCCUGGCACUGGGUGGCGGUGUGGUGGGCGACAUGACGGGUUUCGCGGCCGCCUGCUACCAGCGGGGGGUGCACUUCGUGCAGGUGCCCACCACCGUCAUGUCGCAGGUGGACAGCAGCGUGGGCGGCAAGACGGGCGUCAACCACCCGCUGGGUAAGAACAUGAUCGGCGCCUUCUACCAGCCGCGGGUGGUGCUGGUGGACACGGAGACGCUGGGCAGCCUGCCGGACCGGGAGCUGGCGAGCGGGCUGAGCGAGGUCAUCAAGUACGGACUCAUUCGUGAUGCCCCCUUCUUCGAGUGGCUGGAGGCCAACAUGGAGCGGCUGCUGGCUCGCGACCCGGAGGCCAUUGCAUACGCGGUGGAGCGCUCCUGCAUCAACAAGGCUGAGGUGGUGGCGGCUGACGAGCGGGAGUCCAGCGAGGGGGUGCGCGCCACCCUCAACCUGGGGCACACCUUCGGGCACGCCAUCGAGACGGGCACGGGGUACGGCGUGUGGCUGCAUGGGGAGGCGGUGGCGGCGGGUACGGCAAUGGCGGCGGACCUGUCGUACAGGAUGGGCUGGAUCGACGCCUCGUUGCUCUCCCGCAUCCGCUCGCUGCUGCAGCGGGCGCGGCUGCCCACCCUGCCGCCGCCCUGCAUGAGCGCCACGCAGUUCAGGGAGCUCAUGGCGGUGGACAAGAAGGUGCUGGCGGGCAAGCUGCGGCUGAUCCUGCUGCGCGGCCCGCUGGGCAACUGCGUGGUGACCGGGGACUUCGACCCCGCUCAGCUGGAGCUGACGCUGCAGCACUUUUGCGCGCAGGCGGCACGGGCGGGGGCGGAGGGGCAGGCGUAGGCGGAGGGAGGGGCUCCGCUUUUUGAUGCCUGAUUGGACUGUGUUUUUAUUGGACUGUGUUUUGGACGGACUGUUUUGACAGAGAGAGGGGAGGGGAAUGUGUGAGACUGGGGGUAGAGAUAGACUGGGAAUAGAGGGCGGGUGCCGAGCGCCCUGGCAGUGGCAGCCCUGCUGCGAG